AUGCAGAGGCUCGUCGCACUCCUCAGGAGGGUGCGGGAGCGGCCGCCGCCCGGCAGCGCUCCCGCGCCCGGCGCCGCCGGGGCCUCUGAGCUCCGGGAGAAGGGCUGGGGCGAGCUGCACAGCGCGGCCGCCAGCGGUGACCUGGCCCGGCUGCGGCGGCGCUGGUGGUGGAAGAGGCUCCGCAUCAACUGGCGGGACGCGAAGAAGCAGACGCCUCUGCACCUUGCUUGUGCCAACGGCCACACCGAUGUCGUUCGAUUUCUAGUAGAAAAGAAGUGCCACCUAAAUCCUCGGGACAGUUUUAAGAAAUCGCCGCUGAUGAAGGCAGUAGAGCACCAGCACAAAGACUGUGCGACUCUUCUGCUGGAGCACGGUGCCAACCCUGACCUCAGAGCUGCUGGCGGCAACACUGCCCUUCACCUGGCUGCCAUCAUUCAUAGCAAAUCUCUAGCAGAGCUGUUACUUGAGCACAAUGCCCAUAUUGAUGCUCAGAAUGAGCUGGGAUACACUCCGCUUACUCUUGCCAUCACCGAGCACUGUGAAGAGAUGGUCGAGUUCCUUCUUCAAAAAGGAGCUGACGUGCACGCUCGAGAUAACCAUGAAAGAUGGGUCAGGCAGCUGCAGCAGGAGCUUGCCGACGCUCUCAAAAAGAACGCCCUGGCAGAAGCUUCACCUGAAGCCAAGAAGCGCUACAGCAGGGACCUGCAGGAACAGAAACUGCAGUUGCAGAAGGAACUGGACAGGUCUAAAGCGAAGCUGCAGGAAUUGAAAGAACGGCGUAUCCGGACUGAGUGUUAUGUCACGUCCCUGAAGAACGCCAUAAAGGAUAAGCAGAGGGAACUAACAACUUCCAGGAACCAGCAGGGCCUUCUGGUCGCAUAUUCUAGAACUACGGCUGUCGCAGAGCUGAAAGAACGCAUACGACGGCUCCAAGUUGAAAACGCCAGGCUGGAAGCCACAGUCCAGCAACAAGCCACGACCAUUGAAGCCCUUCAGAAAGACCUGCAAGCCUCUGCCUCACUGCAGGAAUUGAAAGAACGGCGUAUCCGGACUGAGUGUUAUGUCACGUCCCUGAAGAACGCCAUAAAGGAUAAGCAGAGGGAACUAACAACUUCCAGGAACCAGCAGGGCCUUCUGGUCGCAUAUUCUAGAACUACGGCUGUCGCAGAGCUGAAAGAACGCAUACGACGGCUCCAAGUUGAAAACGCCAGGCUGGAAGCCACAGUCCAGCAACAAGCCACGACCAUUGAAGCCCUUCAGAAAGACCUGCAAGCCUCUGCCUCAACCAGUCGUGAGGUUGAGACCUCAGGCAGUGCUUCAGACAGUCAUGCAGUAGAGGCAUUUGGUACUUUUGGCUGCGGGCUUUCCUCGCGCUCAGGUGGAGCCCAGCGCUUCAUCCUGGAGGCUUGA